UUUUUAAUUUUUUUCCAAAAUUUUGUUGCCCCGUAGCAAACUUCUUUGCCAAAAUAUUUACAAGUACAUUGGCUUCAGACGGAAACACAGCUCUGAAGUGCAUACAGUUCUCCUUGAGUUCAAUUUAGAGUUAUUAGAAACUCAAUUUUACAACUCCGACAGAAAAAAAUUGGGCAUGGGUUGUUAAGGGGCAUGGGGGUGGUAGGCAAGAUGGCCAUGGGUUACUUGAGUUCGGCUUUCAUGGGGUCAUGGGUUCUAGGCGUGUCAACGCUCCCUCGCUUUCGUUCGAAUCUUAUGAUCCGUAUAUUGCCUUAUUCGGCCUUGGGAAGCAAUGCGAUUUAUGGAUUUUGGGUCUCCUUUGGAAGCUCCAGCCAUAGGUCUAGAGUCCUUACGAUCACAUCCAAGAAAACGUUGCUACGUCGCCCCUUCCCCACUUUUUUUUUUCUAUAGAAAGGCUUAGUUUAGAUGACCGAAAUCUUCAGUAGGAAUAGGAAAUGUGAUUACUAGGAAUCAAAUUCCUAGGAAUUUUAUCGAGGGGGAAUAGGAAUAUGUUUACUAGGAAUGAAAUUCCUAUGAAUACAAUACCUGGAGUAAUUUCAUUUCAAUGUUUGAAUUAAUUUAGUAAUCUUAUGUAGGAAUCAAUUUUUUUUUUUGAAAAUUAAGUCAAUAUUUCUUUUUCUUUUAUUGAGCCAAGAAUCUAAGAUUCUCUCCCUGGGAUGGGAGGGAUCGGAUUCUCACUCCAUCUGGUAAUGUGAUUCUUGGUCGGAUGUGUCGUCAGAAAUUAUAAUUAUAUUCUUGUUUUUUCCAAACAUGGAAAUCCUAAGGGUAUCCUGAGGGUGUAACAUCACAUUCCUAUUCAUGUUUCUCCUAAACGUCGGAAUCAUGGAAGUAUGAUAUGAUAUUCUCAUUCCUCUUCAAAAUUCUUGCCAUCCAAACUGAGCAUAGAAGAAAACCUAAACUAAUUCUAGUUGGAUUACAAGUACAGUACAAAAAUGAUAAGGAGUACUACUACUUGUAACGGAUAAGCCUAGGUGACACAUAAAUCCCACAAAAAGAGAGACAGCUGAGUCACCAACCUCAGACGCUCCCCAGCCCAAACACGUGGCACAAACGCCCUCCCAAACCUCCACGUCUACCACCUCAAACCGCCACUCACAACCCCUCCUCACUCUGGUUUUUCAUUAUUAACCCGUUCUUCUUCACAACUUGCACUCGAUAACAACACUCACAAUUUGAAAGGAAAACGAAAGCAAAAGAGGAAGAAUCCAAUAAUGGCUUCCGAGAAAACUUGGAGAGAAGAUGUCCCAGAAGAACAUCACAGAGGAGAGGUUCAGAGAGAAACAGUGCCCCAGUUGACGAGCCAUUUCGAGUCUCUCGUCGAGAAAGUCAAAGGGUCCGACAUACGCGGUGGCCGUGGCGCUGGCUCUGGCGAAGAGAGAAAAAGAGAAGAGGGAGAGGAAGGGUCUUUUGGUGAUGAUAAAGAAAUGAGUGUAAAUAUGGGUUCAGGGAAGGAGGCUGAAGGAGCUGAUAAGAAAAAAGAACAGGAAGCAGAGAACCAGAGAGAAAUGGGUUUUCAAAAAGAAGGUGAAACAGAGGAGAGAGAGCAGGAGAACCUGAGGAAAAAGGGAAGUGGUGAUAUGGCGCAAGAACAAGAGGAACAGAGAGGAGAGAGAGAAAUGGAUUCUGGAAAAGCACUUGAUCAAACUGAGGAGGAGAGAGAUAAGGGAAGAGAGAGGGAAGAGGAAAGUUUAGGAGAGGAGAGAGGAUCGCUUUCGACGGAAGAUAUUUCCAAGUACAGACAAACUGCACAACAGAAUUCAAUGAAUGCAAUUCGGGCGGCCGAAGAACGGUACAACAAGGCAACCGGUUCCCCCUCGUCGGCCUUGGAGAAAGCCAAGGAAUCGGUGAUUCACUGCUUCGGCGCCGCUGCUUCCAUCGCGACGGAAAAGGGUGCCCAAGCCAAGGACACAAUCGUCCAAAGUGUCCAUAAAACAACAGGAUUCGUCGCGGAAAAGGGCAGCGCCGUUAAAGACACCGCCGCCGAAAAAGCACAAGAAGCCGCCCAAACGGAGGAGCAGGUGAAGGAAUCGGCAGGGCAGAAGGCGGAGGAGGUGAAGGAGAAGGUACCAUCGGUGGCGGAGAGGGCGAAGGAAGCGACGGUGGGGACGGCAAAGAAAGUGGGGAGUUACACGGGGGAGAAGGCGGUGGAGGUGAAGGAGAGGGCGGUGGUGGCGGGAUGGGGAGCGGUGGAGUAUGCUUCUGAGAUGACGGUUGAGGCGACGAAGAAGACGGUGGACGUGGCUAAGGGAGUGGCAGGGUAUGCGGGGGAGAAGGCAGUGGCAGCGAAGGAUGUGGCGGUGCACGGGGUCCAGAAGGCGGCGCAGUAUACCGGGGAGAAGGUGGGGAUUGUGACGGAUAAGGUGGUGGCGGUGGAGGAAAGUGCCAAGGAGUAUGCGGCGAGGAAGAAGGUGGAGGCUGAGAGGGAAUUGGAAGCUAGGAGAGCUGCUCAAUCAAAGGGACAAACUGGAGACCAAGAAACCGGUGAAGAAUCAAAGGGCGUAGCAGAGGAAGCAAUACAGAAACCUACUGAAACUGUGGAGGAGUUCUUUGAGGUAGCACCAGAAGACGAAAGCACGGGACAAAAGGAUGAAACAAGGGGAGAAGAGGAAGGCGGAGGCGGGGUACUGGAAGCAAUUGCGGAGACGAUAGCUGAGAUUGCACAAACAACUAAACAGCUUGUAAUUGGGGAGGAGGACGAAACCCGAAACGAAGGGGAACAAAGGGGAGAGACUGGGAAGGAGGCAAGUGUUGGACAGUGAAUGUGAAGGCUGUGGUGGCUCUGAAGGUGGUGUUGGUAGUCCUAAUAGCUAGGCCAGUAGCACCGGUGGUUUUGUACAUGCCAAUAAGUUUUUUUUUUUUUUUGUGGGUUGUGUUGUACAUGCGUUUUACAUAUGCUUGAAUUGAACUUUCGAGUAAAUUUGGAUGUGUUAUAUUAAUUUGGAACUUUGUACACGAAAUGUCAUUUUGUUCCCUAACUUAUCAACACGAAAGUAAUGGGUCCCGCAAUUUUCACCAAUCAGGUUGAAAAUGAAUUAUUCUCCCACAACCAGGUCUACCUUGUAUUAACAAGGAGAGAAUCUAUGCCCUCAGUCAAUAUUGUUUUGCGAAUCCGGUUUGAAACUGAAGUUUGAAAACAUUGAAGAGGCUACAUCACCGGCUACAUGGAUACAUAAAAUCAAUUUCUUGUUUGAAAACAGCCAUUAAAAGAGCAGAAUGGUUUAAAAACAACUUAUCUCAUUGUGAUU